GGCAAUUCAUUUGCAGACCUACCUUUCCUUUUUCGGAUUCCGGGAAACACAAUCCACGAAAUUGUGAUGGAUACAUGUGCUGCAUUGUAAAGGAUUCUUCGAGUGGAUUUUUUAAAGAUGAUGCCGAAUGUCUUCAGGAAAGUUUUCCGUUGUACGAGCUGCCAUUUGAUAAAACAACUCAUUCUGGGUAGCCUGUCUUGGCUCCUCCAUUGCUUUCUCCAUGAACUUCUCCCUGGGCUCAUGCAAGUUUUCUAGAAUCUCCACAGCCCGUGAAACUAGCUUGGUGGUGUCUAAUUUCUCUACCUUCCUCCUCUUCCUUGCACAGUGUGGUGGCUUUUGGUGGUGGUGUUUGCUGGUACACACUGGGUGAGAUUGGGGCAGCAGUUGCUUCAGCUGUUUCUCCUGAGCUGGCCCCCACAGAAGUGAGGAGAACUCUGAUAUUUGACAGGGAAGAAACUGAAAGCCAUAGAUUAAUUGAGGGAGACUGGAGCCAGAAUGCACAUCAGCUGCAACCCCUUAACAAUGCUGCAGUCAACAGGUCUUCGACUGAUGCCAGACUUGUGUGCAAGGAAGUGAAAAAUUAUGUGAAUGAGGAGGGCACCGUGCCAUGGCAAAAUCACAUUGUAUUUGGUUAAGAUUUGAGUUUUGUUGGCACUGCUAUUUUAUGCAACAGGCUCUUUUUCAAGAUGUCUGUGGUGAACUAAUUGGAGUUCAUCAAAGCACUGCAAGUAGGACCCUAAGGCAGGUCACACAGGCCAUUUUAAGAACCCUGCCACAAAAAGUCCGACUGCCAAAUGCAAGAGAAUGUCAAUUAACAAAAGAAAAAUUCUUUCAAAGACAUCGGAUCCCAAAUGUCCUUGGAUGCAUUGAUGGCACACAAAUUCCAAUUCAGUCCCCUGGUUAUACGAGAAAUGAGCAUGAAUAUGUGAAUCGUAAGGGGUAUCAUUCCAUCAAUGUACAGGUUAUCUGUGAUGCGGCUUCAUGCCAACUUGGUGUAUAUCAACAUUGUUGUCAAGUGGCCUGGUAGUGUUCAUGAUGCCCGCAUCCUAAGAGAGUCACCAUUCUAUGAUGCCAUAGAAAACAAUCAACCACCUCAGGGGACACUUCUUGAAGACAGUGGGUACAUUCAAAGGGACUGGCUUAUGACCCCUGUUUCCAACCCAGAAAGUCCAGAAGAGAGAAUGUAUAAUGAACUCCACAAACAGACACUGCACAGUGGAAAGAAGCAUUGGUGUUGCAAAGAGGAGGUGGCACUGCUUAUGCACUGAUUUACAUGUUUCUCUAGAGAGAGCAUGUAAAAUAAUCACUGUGCUUCAUUCUGCACAAUCGUGCCAGGUUUCUGAACUUUCUGUUUGUUGAAUAUUGUGGUAUAGCUGACAAAAUCAACAUAUCAUUUUUACCUCAUUUGUAUUAGGGGGAUGGAUGAGAUGUUCUAUUGUUCAGGUUUCUAGCUCUGCCAGACUCAGAUGAUGAAGAAGAUAAUACUGAUGAUAAUGGUGCUGAUGAAAACCUUGUAGAUAGCAGAUACAAUAUCCAAGUACAGGAGAUAGUGAGAGUUGCUGCAGGGAAAGUUGCCCGAAAUAAGCUGAUUGCAUUUCUUGCACACCAGUGAAGAAAAUGAGGUCAAUGUGACACAGAAUGUAACACAUACAAGGCACCGACAAGAAAAACCAUUAAGAAACUUUGUUGCUUAUGACAUCUUUUAUUUUAGAUGUGAUUAAAAAAAACCACAAAUAUACACCACUUAAACAAAAAGUUAACAGAUGCACAUUCUAAGAUCAAGGACAUAAUUAAAAAAAAAAAUUAACUGUACACACAUCCACUCUAAUAUACAAAAAUGCAUACACUGGCAGUACUGCAAGUUUAAUUAUCAUUCAUCUCUUUCUCUGGCUUGCUUUUUUUUCUUUAGCUUCCAGCAGCCAGACUUCCAGUUCGAAGUUUUUAAUUUGUAGUCCUAUUUUUUGUUGGCAUAGUAUAGACUCUGCUUUUUGGUCUUUCAAAUGUUCUGCCAUGAGCUGUUGCUCUUCAUCUCCUUUGCUGGCUCUUUUUCUUUUUUUCAUUCUUAGCUUUUUCCUGUUGUCCAGGGACAAUGGUUUUGGCAGGUAGGAGUUUGCCAACGAUGUGGAGGAACUUGAAAACUCUGGGGCUGAGCAAAACAAAUUAUGUAGUAAAUGAUGGCAGAUUUCGGCAUAUGCAUGAAUAGGAUUCUAAAGAAAAGUGAUGUUAUCCACAAACUGAGUUAGUGUAACAUGGCAGAAAAUUAUCAAUCUUGCAAGAAUUGACUGCAAAUAUCAUUUAGAUGUGUAUACAUAUUUAUGUGUGCUGCAAUUGUAGACUACAAAUGUGUGCCAAAGAAAAUUGGAUGUAACUAUCGAUUUUCCUGAAGAUCGCUUAAAUUGACAAGAAUAACAAAACAUUCAACAUUUUACUUAAAAAUAAAAAUAAUUACCAUUUUCUUUGUUGCAAAUCUUGACCAAAGUGUUGUCUAAACAGGGUGCAGAUUCCGUUGUCGGGGGUCUUGAACUCUGAGUUAUUUGCUCAAUCACUGCAAAAUCCAAGCAAUAUUUUGAAAUUAUGCAAAUGUGCAUACUGCACCAUUUGCCUUGUUCUUCCCUUUCACACUUUUAUCUCUUCUUGUAGACUGUAAAUUAUUCACAUUUCAUUUUGCUUUUGUUUUAAAAUGCGUGAUUAUGACUGUUUGAGUGUAAAAUAAAUUUCACUAUGUAAAUUUUAAGAUAU